ACGGUGGGAGCCUUGAUAGAGUAUCCAGGGUACCCAGUCGGAAACGAAACAAUGGCAUUGUUGCUACAAACUCGUUACGCUCUCUCUGUAUGUUCGCCGCGUUACCCUUAUCACUUCCCAAAUCCUUAUUAUCGUAAUCCCUUUCUCAUAAUCCCCACCAAAUCCCUAUCCUCAUUCCAUGCAUCACCAAUUGCAUUCUCCGCUCACCCAACUCCCUCACGCGGUUCGCCGCCCUCACCCACUGCCUCCGCUUUCCACUGCGAGCCACCUCCACAAACGCCACCUAUCAAGGCUGUGGCGGGCCUUGCCGCCUCCGCCCUGCUUUUUCUCUGCAUCGGCGUUCGCUUGUGUUUGGCCUCUUCGCCGCCGUCGCCCCUACCUGCCGGUCCUCCCGUCGUUCAAGAGGACCAAACUGUUCAAGAUGAUCAUGAUGGAAGAAAACAAGAUGACAAAGACACUGUAGUAGAUAAAGAAUUAGAAGAAGCUUUUAAUACCUGGAAAUCUAAAUCAUUUGCAUUGACUGUUCCCCUGAAAGUUGUUGCUCUACGUGGUUCUAUACCUCCUUCAUGGAUCAAGGACUUUAUAAAUUGUCAAGGGAGGAGAAUGAAGUUUAACGUGAAGUAUUAUGCAAGUCUUGAGAGCAUCUUUUCUGACCUAACAAUUCCCUUUACUAAAGGAAAAAUUGGUCCAGCAUCUGCUUUGGCAGCAGAUAUUGUUGGUAUUGGCGAUUCAUGGCUCAAAUAUGCUAUUAAGCAAGCUAUAAUUGAGCCAAUAAGAGAUGUAGAAGAUCAGGAGUGGUUUAAAAGCUUAAAUGACAAGUGGAAGGUAUACCUACGCAGGAACUCUGAGGGAGAAAUAGAUCCUAAAGGUGAUACAUGGGCUGCUCCAUAUCGAUGGGGCUGCAUGGUAAUAGCAUACAAGACAAAUAAAUUUCAAGAGCAUAAGUUGGCUCCUGUAGAGGACUGGGCGGAUCUUUGGCGGCCUGAUCUAGCUGGAAGGAUUUCAAUGGUUGAUUCUCCUAGAGAAGUUGUUGGUGCAGUUUUGAAGUAUAUGGGGACUUCCUAUAAUACAAUUGACAUCAAUGCUGAAGUCAAUGGUGGGAGAGACGCUGUUAAACAUAAUUUGGCUUUGCUCGCAAAACAGGUUCGACUGUUUGAUAGUUCAAACUAUCUAAAAGCUUUUGGAGUUGGAGACGUGUGGGUAGCUGUUGGAUGGAGUAGUGAUAUUAUUCCUGCUGCUAAACGCCUGUCUAAUGUUGCUGUUGUUGUUCCAAAGUCUGGAGCGAGCUUAUGGGCAGAUCUUUGGGCAAUUCCGGCUGCAUCUAGGAUUGAAACAAGUCGGAUUGGUGGACGUGUGAGAGGGCCGUCACCAUUAAUCCAUCAAUGGAUUGAGUUUUGUCUGCAAUCUGCCAGAGCUCUCCCCUUUAAGCAAGAGGUGAUCCCAGGUGCCUCUCCCUCAAAUCUUCAAAGUCAUUUGGCCAAUGUGCCCAUCGAGUUAACCAAUGGUAGACCAAAGCUAAAGGGUAACCUAGUUGAUGGAGCACCUCCACCAGACAUCUUAGAAAGGUGUGAGUUUCUAGAGCCAUUAUCUAAUUCGACAUUGUCAGAUUACCAUUGGUUGAUUACCUCCAUCCACGAACCUAGCCAUGGAUUGAUACACAAAAUGUAUCAUAAUAUCAUAUCACUGGCCAAAUUUUCUGGGUGGUUUAAUUCAAAACUUACUUGAAUAAUGUUACUGAGCUGUGUAGUACAUGUCAAGCAUCGGUGGCUGAUAAUUUGAAUGACCAGAAAUUUGAUAAAAUUUACUGAUUACAAACAAGAUUAAGAGGCUGUCCUUCAAACCUCAACAAUGGCGGAGCUAUAUGGGAGCAGUGCUGAUGCUGUCCUCCACAUUGUUCAUAAGCAACGGAUUUUGUGUAAAAUUCAUCUGAUUAUAGACUAUUCAUGUACAAGUGCAUAAGUUUAUUCAUUUUUUUAAAACCUAA